UCUCCUCUCUGUGAUAAACUUGUCAUUCUCUCCACAAUGAGCCCACUUAAGUCUCUUAUCACAAUGAAUAUUCUCGGAUUCCCCCACAAUGAAUCUGCUUUAGUUUCUCUCUAUAAUGAAUCUGCCUUGGUUCCUCUCUACAAUGAACCUACUUCAGUUUUUUCUACAACAAACCU